AUGUGGCAAGGGUUUAACCAUGGAAAUUAUGUACAUAGGCGAAGAAGUACGGCGUGUAGUGGUGUUGGGAAGGCUCGGAAGGGGGGUAUCGUGAGGGAAGGAUACUUCACAGCAUUGCCCCCCCACCCCCCUCUUGUGCUCGCUAUGAAGAGGAAGGGUGUAGAGGGGUUGAUUUUUUCUUCUUCAUGGAACAUGUUUGAUAUUCUGUUCUGGAAAAUAUAG